UUGAUUCAGGAGAAGGCAAAAAGAAGGGGCUAUUCUGUGAACGACACUAGUAUUUGUCUAAUAAUGUGGAUGAACUGUGCAUAGCGGGAUUUUGGAAACUUUUUGCUGCCGUAAUGUCAAAAUUCAUGACCAACAUUUUUUUCAUCAUGAGGAAGCACUUGCCUGUUUUAUUCCUGAUAUCAUCUUUGAUUGCAAAUACCUUCAGUUUAAAGGAAAUCACUGAGCAGCAGAAGAACAGAUGUGAUGAGAAGGUCCUUGUCGCCACAAAAACCAAAUGCAGAGCUUGUUCUAUCAAUUUUGAAAUCCAGUGUCCUGAAGGGUAUACCAAAGUUACCAAUAAUUCUGGGAUCCGUGACUGCAGAUAUUACCUUGAAAUCAGGAGUUUUACUCACUCUCUCAAAGGAUGUCGACAUAAAUGUCUGCGGGAAUUUCAGCAAUCUCAGUGUUGUCCGGGCUAUUGGGGGCGAGACUGCUUAGAAUGUCCAGGUGGAGCAAUAUCACCCUGUAAUAACAAGGGACAUUGUUUUCAGGGUGUGAUUGGGAAUGGAAGUUGCACCUGCCAGAAAGGGUUUGGUGGAACUGCCUGUGAAGAAUGUGCAGGAGAAGACCAUCUUUAUGGACCUAACUGCACUUCAGAAUGCAGCUGUGUUCAUGGAAUAUGCAACAGUGGGAUCAAUGGAGAUGGGAAAUGCACGUGUUUGUCUGGAUACAAAGGUCCUAGCUGUGACCAACCAAUACCUGAAUGUCAGGCUUUGCAGUGCCCGGAAAACUCAAGAUGCUCUUUAUCCAGUGCAGAUGGAACCCAACUAGAAUGCAAAUGCCUUCCCAACUAUGAGGGAGAUGGCAAACAAUGUGAACCCAUCAACCCAUGCUCAAAAAAGAUUUGUGAUCCUCAUGCUGAUUGCCUCUACCUCGGACCCAAUCGUCAUAAAUGUACAUGCCAAUAUGGCUACGAAGGAGAUGGCCAAGUUUGCAUGCCGAUAGACCCUUGCCAAACAAAAUUUGGGAAUUGUCCUAUGAAGUCCACAGUCUGCAAAUACGAUGGCCCUGGAAAGUCUCACUGUGAAUGCAAAGAACAUUUCAGAAACUUUGCACCUGGAAUAGGAUGCAGUAUGACCGAUCUCUGUGCAACUAAGAACCCCUGCCAUAAAUAUGCUAACUGCAUAAUGGCUGCACCAGGACAAACUCUAUGCACCUGCCAGAAGGGCUAUGUAGGCGAUGGAUUUAUAUGCUAUGGAAACAUCAUGGACCAAAUUAGAGAAAUGAACACCAAACCUGGAGGACCAUGGCAAGGAAAACUAAUGUCUGCUAUAGAACUCUUUGAAAGCGCCUACAACUGGCCACUGAACCGUUUGGGACCAUUUACAGUUCUUAUUCCAACAAAUAAUGGGUUCAAAGGAAUCAAUAUUAAAGACCUUCUUUCUGAUAAAGAGAAUGCCCAAUAUUUUGUGAAGCUCCACGUAUUUGCAGGACAGCUAGAUCUGAAUGGACUGAAUCAUACAAGUACAGUUUAUACUCUGACUGGCAAGCCAGCAGAAGUAUUAAAUGAUGAAAAGGAUAAUCUGUUAAGAAUUAGACUACAGGAAGGUAAGAAGAAAGGAAAAAUAUUACAAGGGGAUAUUGUUGCCUCCAAUGGAAUUGUGCACAUUAUUGACAAAGCCCUGGACAACAUGGAACCCACCUUUGCAAGUGAUAAAGAGAUAUCUGUAAUGGCAAUGCUUCAAAACAAAGGACAAUUCAGCAGAUUCAGAUCCCUAGUAGAGAACACUGACAUGGAAGCUGUGUUAGAUAUACAUGCUGGACCUAAUACAAUUUUCGUUCCAACCAAUGAUGCUUUGGAAAACUUGAAAGAUGGAGCUCUGGACUACCUGUUGUCAAGUAAGGGUUCACAAAAGCUUCGCGAGCUAGUUCGAUAUCACAUUGUUUUUCACACCCAGCUGGAAGUUGCUAGUUUUACUUUAAUAGAUCACAUCAAGACUAUGGCUGAACAAUUCAUCUAUUUUAACAUCACUGAUAGUGGACAAAUUCUGGUCAAUGGUCAACUGAUAAAAGAAACAGACAUUGUUGCAAAAAAUGGCCGAAUUCACCUACUUUCUGGAGUUCUUGUCCCUCCCUCCAUUAUCCCAAUUCUGCCACAGAGAUGUGAUGAAGAGAAAACAGAGAUUAUAAUGGGUACCUGUGGAGAAUGCGAAGUAGAUUUUUGGAAAAUGCAAAGUCAUGGUUGCCCAGAAGAUUCAAAACCUUUUGCUUACAGAAGGAGUAGAUGCCUUUACCAGGAUCAGACCUAUCUAAGAUAUGGCUGUGCUAGGCAUUGUAAUGUAACAAGAAAGGAGCCAAAGUGUUGCAAAGGUUUCUUCGGCCCAGACUGUAACCAGUGCCCUAGUGGUUUUUCCAAACCCUGCUCAGGAAAUGGUCAGUGUAUGGAUGGGAUGAAAGGAAAUGGAACCUGUGUUUGCAAUAGUAGAUUUGAAGGAUCGCACUGCCAGUUCUGCUCCGACCACAAUAAAUAUGGACCACAGUGUGACAAAAAAUGUCCUUGUGUUUAUGGAAUAUGUGACAACCAAAUAGACAGUGAUGGGAUUUGCCUUGCUGGUUCAUGUAAAAGUGGAUACGCUGGGAAAUUCUGUGACACGCAGAUGUUCCCAUGUGGGGAUUUUCUUCAGUUCUGCCACGUGCAUGCUGAUUGCCUGUUUCGCAAUGGUGCCAUGAGCUGUGUUUGCAAACCUGGAUACGAGGGAGAUGGAGUAAUUUGCAGUGAGAUAGAUCCUUGUGCUAAUCUAAUUCCACAUGGUUGCCAUGCUAACGCAGAAUGUAUGAAAACUGGCCCUGGAACCCAUGAGUGUGUGUGCCAAGCAGGAUGGACAGGGAAUGGAAGAGACUGCUCAGAAAUUAACAACUGCUGGCUGCCAAGUGUUGGAGGUUGCCAUAAUAAUGCUACCUGCCUCUAUAUAGGUCCAGGUCAGAAUGACUGUGAAUGUAAGGAAGGAUUUCGGGGCAACGGAUAUGAAUGUGAACUAAUAAACUCUUGUUUGGAACGAAAUGAGAAGUGCCAUCCACUGGCGUUUUGUCAGCUCACAUCUUCUGGCUUCUGGGAAUGUGUAUGUUCCGAGGGCUAUGAGGGAGAUGGCAGCAUAUGCUAUGGGAAUGCAGUGGAGGAAUUGUCUUCUCUGUCAGAAGCAGCUGGAUUUAAUGAAUGGGUUGAUACAGCUGCAAUAAGGACACUCCUGGGAGGUAUGACAAAUCUAACCAUCCUAGUGCCUUCUCGCCAAGCAAUUCAAAACGUGAAUGAAGAUGAGAGAGCUUUUUGGAUGUCAAAAAACAACAUCCUCAUGCUAACAAAGAGUCAUGUAUUAGAGGGAGUGUACACAGUGGCUGACCUCCAGAACCUGUCUUCCUCUGAUGGGCUGCCGAAGUCUUUGUAUGGCAAUUAUGUGUCAUUGUCCAAAGGAAGUGAUGACCUUUCUAUUGGAGGAGCAAAGAUUGUAGCUGGUGAUAUUGCAGCAACCAAUGGGAUUAUACAUGUAAUUGAUAAGGUUCUGACACCCCUCAGAGGAGUAAGUGGCGCAUUGCCAAAGCUGCUUCCACGCUUGGAACAGAUGCCGGAUUACUCCAUUUUCAGGGGCUAUAUUAUUCAAUAUAAACUCGCAAGUGAAAUAGAAGCAGCCAGCGCUUACACCAUUUUUGCCCCAAACAAUGAGGCCAUUGAAAAUUUUCUCAAGAAUAAGCAGUUGACUUCUCUGGAUGAAGAUCAAGUCAGAUACCAUGUUAUUCUGGAGGAAAAGCUCUUGAAGAAUGAGAUGCGUAAUGGGAUAUUCAGAGAGACCAUGCUUGGACUGUCAUUUAGAGUGGGAUUCUUCAUUCAUGAUGCCCAGCUCUAUAUAAAUGAGGCACCAGUAAAUUAUCCCAAUGUUGCAACCGACAAAGGAAUAAUCCAUGGACUGGGAAGAGUAAUGGAAAUCCAGAAGAACAGAUGUGAUAUUAAUGAUACUGAAAUUGUAACGGGGGAUUGUUUGUCCUGCUUAAAUGCACCCAGUUGCCCUCAUGGAACAACACCAGUGCCAGACAAGAGAGAGGGCUGCUUUUAUCUCCACUCCUUUAGGCUAGCCCUUCGCCCCGGAUGCCGACCUAAAUGUGCUAAAAGCAUAAUUACCAGAGAAUGUUGUGCAGGCUUCUAUGGCCCACAAUGUGAGCCUUGUCCAGGUUUUGCUGGAAAUACUUGCUUUGGAAAUGGAAUUUGCUUGGAUGGCAUCAAUGGCACAGGUUCUUGUGAGUGUGAACCAGGAUUCCAAGGACUGGCCUGUAAUAGGUGUAUCCUAGGCAAAUACGGCACCAACUGCGAUCAAGAAUGCCCCUGCAUCCAUGGGAAAUGCAACAGUGGCAUUGAAGGAGAUGGAACUUGUGAAUGUGAUGUUGGUUGGAGAGGUGUGCAAUGUGACAGUGCAAUCAAUGAUGAUGAAUGCAAUGGUACCUGCCACACCAGUGCCAACUGCUUUCGCAAUCUCAACAGUGCAGUGUAUUGCCACUGUGCAGCUGGGUUUAAAGGGAAUGGGACAUAUUGUACAGCUAUCAAUGCAUGCGAAAUCAGCAAUGGAGGUUGCUCUGCCAAUGCAGAAUGUAGACGUACCACUCCAGGAAACAGAGUAUGUGUUUGCAAAGCAGGUUACACUGGAGAUGGCAUAGUCUGCUUACAAAUCAACCCCUGCUUGCAGAAUAAUGGUGGAUGUGAUAAAAAUGCGGAGUGCACUCAUACUGGGCCCAAUCAGGCAGCGUGUAAUUGUUUAAACGGAUAUUCUGGUGAUGGCAAAACAUGCAGCUACAUCAGUCGAUGUUUAAUUAAUAAUGGUGGCUGUGGACAAAACGCACUCUGCAACGAUACCGAAAAGUCAGAAAGAACCUGUAGAUGUAGACCCGGUUUUGUUGGAGAUGGAUUGACUUGCAGAGGAAGCAUCACCUGGGAGCUCUCAAAGGAUUUCAACACUACUCGAUUUAAUGGAUUUCUAAUGGAUGCAGGUGUCAGAGAUAUUUCAGGGAUGGGUCCUUUCACUGUUUUUGCACCGAACAGAGAAGCAUUUACAACUGAAUUAAAACUUAAGGACUGGAUAUCAAGAGGUGUGAUGCCCCAGAUUCUUCGCUACCAUAUAGUAGCCUGUACGGGACUGCUCUAUAAUGAUAUGACAACAGAAAAAACUGUCACCACACUUCAGGGAGAUCAGCUCAAGUUCACAUUCUCACAGAAUUCUGUUUUUUUGAAUGGCAAAGCUAAGAUUUUAACUAGUGAUGUAAUCACCUCAAAUGGGGUAAUGCAUAUCAUAGACAAGGUCCUGGUUCCACAGAAGAUUCAGGAGUUCUCACCUGGACAAUCAACACCUGUAAAGGAAACCCUCAAAAUGGUUGCAGCACAAAAUGGGUACAUCAUGUUCUACAACUUGAUAGAGAGUUCAGGACUGAUUAGCCUGAUUAAUGAUCCUCUUCAUCAACCAAUCACCUUGUUCUGGCCCACAGACAAAGUCAUCAGAGCUCUCCCAAAAGACGAGCAAGAUAUGCUAUUUAAAAUGUCAAACAAGGAAAAACUGCUGCAGUACUUGAAAUACCAUAUUAUUGGAAAUACUAAGGUUUUAGCCUAUGCUCUCCCACUCUCUGAAACACUGAAGACACUUCAAGGUUCUGAUAUCACUGUGAAAUGUGGAAAUGAUGACAGCAACAUAGGUGAAUUGUUCCUCAAUGAAAGAAGGUGUAAAAUAAUACAAAGGCAACUGGAGUUUGAUGGUGGCAUCGCUUAUGGUAUUGACUGCAUGUUGACAGAUCCUGUCCUAGGAGGUCGUUGUGACACAUUUAUCAGUUCUACUAUUCCGGGAGACUGCAUUGCUUGUUACAGAACUUUUCAGUGCCCUUCUGGAAGUAAAGUGGUGGGAGAGUUGAAGCAGUGCGUGUACACUCUGAAUCACAGGAUUCUGAAAGGCUGUCAGAAGGAUUGCUCACUUAUGGUCAGGAUACCACAGUGUUGUAAGGGCUACUUUGGGAAUGAAUGUCAAGGCUGCCCAGGAGGGCCAGAAGCUCCAUGUAAUGACCGUGGUUCCUGUGAUGAAGGAUACGCUGGCACAGGACAAUGUACAUGCCAUGGUGGCUUCAAUGGGACUGCAUGUGAGCUCUGUCUGCCAGGAAAAUAUGGCACGGAUUGCAAAUCUUGUGAAUGCACUGAACAUGGACAGUGUGAUGAAGGAAUUUCUGGAUCGGGGCAGUGCUUCUGUGAAACUGGAUGGACAGGACAGCUCUGUGAAUCCAAACUUGCUUUGUCUCCAGUGUGUUCACCCAGCUGUUCCAUUAAUGCUGUAUGCAGGGAUCACAAUACCUGCCAGUGUAAGCCAUAUUAUACCGGAGAUGGAAUCAAAUGUACAGCUGAGGACCUUUGUAAGAAAACCAAUGGUGGUUGUCAUAAGAAUGCAAAAUGUGUACAAACCGGCGUGAAAGUCAAUUGCACGUGUCAAGAAGGAUACCAAGGCGAUGGCUACGCCUGCAUUGCCAUCAACCCUUGUGCAGACGGGUUCAAUGGUGGAUGUGAUGAGCAUGCUCUUUGCACAAUGAGUGGGCCUGAUGAGCGUAAGUGUGCGUGCAAAGACAACUACAUUGGUGAUGGAAUUAAUUGUGAAGUGAAACAGCUACCAGUGGACAGAUGUUUGCAAGACAACGGACAGUGCCAUCCUGAUGCUAACUGUGCUGAUCUCCAUUUCCAGGACUCUACUGUUGGAGUUUUUCAUGUACGCUCUCCAAAGGGACAAUAUAAACUGACAUACGACAAAGCAAAUAAGACCUGUGUGGAUGAAGGAGCAACGAUAGCUACAUAUACUCAACUCUUAUAUGCUCAGAUGGCAAAGUUCCAUCUAUGUGCGGCUGGCUGGUUGGAUACUGGAAGAGUAGCAUAUCCAACUGCCUUUUCUGCCCCAAAAUGUGGCAGGGGAGUUGUUGGGAUUAUCGAUUAUGGGAUCCGAGUCAACCUGAGUGAAACCUGGGAUGUCUUCUGUUACAGAGUCAAAGAUAUCAAGUGCAGCUGUAAACCUGGUUAUGUGGGUGAUGGAUUUUUAUGUAACGGAAACUUGCUUCAAGUCCUUGUUUCAUCCUCAGAAUUUACAAACUUUGUCUCGGAGGUACUGACUUACUCAAAUACCUCAAGGAAAGGUCAAGAGUUCCUGAAAUAUCUCAAGAAUUUGUCCAUUAAUGCAACCCUAUUUGUACCAAACAAUGAUGGGCUGAAGGCAAAUGAGACACUUUCAGGAAGAGAUAUUGAGUAUCAUUUAUCCAAUACCGGCACAUCAUAUUAUCAAGAUUUGACUAAUGGAACUACCCUUCAAACCAGAAUAGGGAAAAGACUGCUAAUUAUUCAAGGUGAAAACCAGAACUAUCAGAGUUCUCCAGUUGAAAAGGUGAAAACAAAGUAUGUGGAUGGAAAAGCUAUCCUUUUGUGGGACAUAAUUGCGUCCAACGGGGUCAUCCAUACCAUCGCAGCUCCUCUGAAGGCGCCUCCUCUACCCCCUGCUUCUCUCCAUGCUGGAGCUGGAACAGGAAUAUUCUUUGCGGUCCUUCUGGUCAUUGGAAUUGUUGCUCUUGCCGGGUAUUCAUACUUCAGGAUUAAACAAGGAACCAUUCGCUUCCAGCAUUUCAAGGAAAAAGAUGACGUUGAUGAAACUACAUUGGACAAGACACAGUCUUCUAACAUCUCAAACCCCAACUAUGAAAGCUCAACAGACACUCCACCAGAUCCCCCUUAUGAUCCAUUUUCUGCUUCUGAUGAACAACAACUGGUGAGCAGCAGUGACCAGAAAGCAUUCUGAGGCCAUCAAAGAAACACUUUUGCAACUGAAAUGUAAUAUGAAGAUUCAAGAUUUUAGGAAGGAGCCUCUGAGGACAGAAUUUUCUAUAAAGUGGGAGGUCGCUUGGCUUAGCUUACUUAUAACUGUUUUCCCACUUUGUUGUAGUUUCUGCUUUCCCAAGUUCAAAUUGCAGUCAUGUCCUGCUUGUGGGCUUCACAUUGGGGCAUCUGGUUGGCCAUUAUGGGAACAGAGUUCUGGACUAGAUAAUUCUUAGGUCUGAUUCAGCACAACUCUAUCUUUCUUCAGGAUUUGCUGUUUUCCUUUCUUACCUCAUAAUUUGUGUGGGGGGGAGUUCUUUCUCAAGUUCUCAUGUGCUGCAGAAACUGCUGUUACACACUUGUAACAAAAUAUUGCUUAAUAUAAAAUGAACACGUAAGUGCUACUUGGCUUGAUUCAAGACUGGCAUUGUUGGGGGUCCUACACCAAUUUUCUGCUCUUUUAAAACACUUACGUUUUUUGUAUUUUUGAGCAGAUGAAAUAAGAGGGCAUUACCAUUUUCCAAUUAAAUUGCAAUAUCAGCAUGUCCAAGCAAAUGACUAGCAAGGUUUGGGGUGUAUGUAAGUUAGUGUCUUGUAUAUAUCUAUUUCCAAGACUGUACAAUGAGGGAUUUGAACUGGGUUAUUUACAUGGUUCUCGCACAGUAAAUCCAAAGCUUAGCUACAGACACUACCACUAAACAAUCAGCUGGGUAUUCUACCAGGCAUUAAGUGAACUCAUGCUAAACUAAGAAGCUUUCUUCUAAAGCUUUAAGGAAUUCCUAGGGUCCAUCAUGAUCAAACUAACAACUAGCUAGGGCUAAUAAAAAACAGUGCUACAGCAGUAAAACACUGAAUGUGGAUGAGAAACAGGAACAUGUUUUCUUGUUUUUGUAAUAUCCUGUAUUUCAGAAUAAAUGUCUCCA